GAGCCACUCUGUAACACAGUCCCCUACUCUCUAUACACACUCACACUUUCUCUCUCUAACUUUCCCUCUCCUCUCUCUCUCUCAUUUUUUUUUCUGCAAAAUACAGGACGAGGAGGAGAAGAGAAGAGAGAAAGGAGACAACACCGUCAGAGCCAAACCGAUGAGAUAUGAAAUAUCACCACGUAUAGCAGAAGAGAGAGAGAAGAGCCGUUGAGAUUUGCGCCCUUUAAACAAUAAGAAACGAGAAGAAGAUCUUCAGAGGAUCAGGGUUGAUUUAAAGCAAAGGCGGCGAGAAUUUAUGAUAUGAGCUUUGUCUCUAGGGAGAACAAUUCCUCUGUGUACCCUUGCCAUUGAUGCAAAAUUACAACAAUCCCCUGUCUGCCCUAGAUUUUGUGUUUUCGUGGGGUUUGGUAUUUGUGUAAAGAUAAAGAGCGUCAUCAAUGUCAUCAUAAAGGCUUGGAAGAAAUGAAUGGGAAAAGCACCAAGCUCGAGGAGGCGGUGCUGGUAUCAUAAGCCCACACCACCCCUGCUGUCUGUCCCUGUCUCUCUCUCAGUCUCUGUCCCUGUCUCAGUCUCUGUCUCGCUCCAAAAUUUAUGGUCUUCCCUUCUCUUCUGGUUGCGUGUUUUAGAGAGAAACACAAGCAUUCGAGGAACUAGAGAGAGAGAGAGACCGCUCCAUUCCUGGUCUUCAAGAGUUUCAGAGAGAGAGAGAGAGAAACUCGACAUUUGCCGCUGCUUAAUUCGGACGAAACGGAGCCCGUCUUUGUGUAGCUCUACUCCUACUCUUCUCAAGACUUGUUUCCGUAAUUUGUGGUGGCUUAGAAGGGCAUUUUGGGGUCAAGAUGAAGUUUAUGAAGUUAGGGUCCAAGCCUGAUGCGUUUCAAGCUGAUGGCAAGUUGAUCAGAUAUGUAACAUCUGAGUUGGAUUCAGAUGUCAUCGUAAAGGUUGGGGAAAUGCAAUUUUACCUUCACAAGUUCCCUCUCCUUUCCAAGAGUAAUCGCUUGCAAAAACUAGUACCUAAAGCCAAUGAGGAGAAAGUCGUCGAAGUUUGCAUGGAUGAUUUCCCUGGUGGGGCAAAUUCCUUUGAAAUCUGUGCAAAAUUUUGCUAUGGAAUGACUGUUACUCUCAAUGCUUACAAUGUUGUGGCUGCUCGUUGUGCCGCUGAGUAUCUGGAGAUGACCGAGGAUGUUGAUCGCAGUAACCUGAUAUAUAAAAUUGAAGUAUUCCUGAAUUCAAGUAUAUUUCGUAGCUGGAAAGAUACCAUUAUUGUUCUCCAAACCACCAAACCUCUUCUGUCAUGGUCCGAGGAUCUGAAGAUUGUCGGAAGAUGCAUAGAUUCAAUCGCUUCUAAAACUUCUGUCGACCCUGCAAAUAUCAGCUGGUCCUACACAUACAACCGAAAAUUAACAGAGCCUGAUAAAAUUAUUGAAGAAGGGAUUAAUUAUCGAGACAAAAUGGAAAAUAUUCCAAGGGAUUGGUGGGUUGAAGAUAUAUGUGAGCUAGAUAUUGAUCUCUACAGGCGUGUCAUGAUUGCUGUGAAAUCAAAAGGAAGAAUGGAUGGUGCCGUUAUUGGGGAGGCUCUGAAAACUUAUGCACUUAGAUGGUUGCCAGAUUCUGUUGAUGUGUUGAUUUCUGAUGAUCAUGCAUUGAGAAACAAAUCUCUGGUAGAAACUAUUAUUUGUUUAUUGCCAUCUGACAAAGGUGUGGGUUGUUCAUGCAGUUUCUUGCUGAAACUUUUGAAAGUUUGUACUUUGGUUGGAGCGGAUGAGUCAUUGAGGGAGGUUCUGGUUAACAGGAUUGGUUUGAAGUUACCUGAAGCUCGUGUUGGUGAUUUAUUGAUCCCUGCUCGGUCUCCUCAAAUUACUAUUUAUGAUGUUGAAUUGGUUCAGUCCAUUGUGAAUCGGUUUGUGAUACAUGAAAAGAGUAACUGGGAUUUAGAUGUUGUUCGGAAGAAUGAAAAGGGUACUGAUAAUUUUAUCUUGGGGCAUGGAUCCUUGGUGGGUGUUGGUAGACUGAUUGAUGGGUAUCUUGCCGAAAUUGCUCAUGACCCUAAUCUUAGCCUUAGUAGUUUCAUAGACUUGUCACAAUUGCUUCCCGAGCUAGCGAGGCCAAUUCAUGAUGGAUUGUACAAAGCCAUUGAUAUCUACCUGAAGGAGCACCCUAGUCUGACAAAGGCUGAAAGGAAAAGAAUAUGUGGAUUAAUGGAUGUCAAGAAACUGACAAUGGAGGCAUCCAUGGAUGCUGCACAGAACGAGCAGCUUCCCCUGCGAGUUGUUGUCCAAGUUCUCUUUUUUGAGCAGGUGAGAUCUUCAGCUGCUGCUCGGUCCCUUAACAACCAUCCAUCCGAUGCUUCACAUUCCACCACAAAUUUGGAUGAAGAAUGUGACAAGACAGCAGAAGAAAACUGCAAACCUUUAGGAAAACAGCUGAGUCAAAUGAAGGCAAGCGAAGAGUUGCAGAAGAAUGGGAAAUUGGGUAAGAAGAACAGCAAGAAUAGUAGAAGUGGUGCGCAGUUGUUGCCGUCUAGGUCAAGGAGGAUAUUUGACAAGUUAUGGUCUGUGGGGAAGGGGGGGCAUGGAGAGAACAAGAGCUCGGAGACUUCUGGGAGUUCUCAGAGCCCAACUUCUAUAGUUCCUGGUGAUUCCAAGUCUGUUUCAUCGAGACACAGGAGGCAUUCUAUAUCCUAGGGUGGUAUCUUAUUUGAAUGAAGUGAGGAAAAUUCAACUGCCAAGUGUACAAAAAUGGUAGGAUUUGUUGUAGCUAAUGAUCAAAUUGUCUUUCUGUGGCUGGCAUGUUAUUAUUUCAAACUUUCAAAGGGAACAGAGUUCACUGUAGUUAAAAGUGUAAUCAGUUAUUUGGUGGCAUUGCCUUGACUUCUUUUGGUACGAAUUGUGAAAUUCUCUGUGCAUGCAUGUUGAUCUUAAAUAAGUGCCAGUUCAUUUUCA